GUGGAUGGGAUGGGAUGGGGCGCUCCUGCCACCUGCCACAAGUUCAGAACGGCCCGCCACAUUAUUCUCCUGCAAAGCUAGGUAACGUAUUAACCUGUGGUAGUACCAACAGUCGUCGUCAGUCGCGCGGGUGGAGCUGAAGCACGGCAGGGCAGCGCCGUUAGGGCUCACGAGUAUUCGAAGCGGGCGCACUGAGCGGGCGGUGUAGCCCGCGACCCGCGGCGAUGGUGACAUCAGUGCCGGCGUCGAUGCUCAUAGCCGAGGUCGCGUCGCACUCGCACGCGCACACCAACUCGCAUCCCCUCCCUCGCGCGCCCUCCCGCAGCACGCGGCCAUGGCACGCCGCGCUGCCGCACUCCAAGUCGGCCCACGACGACGCCACCGCCGCCCACGCGGCGGAGCGCCGCCAGUCGCGCCUCGACUUCCAGACGGAGCGGCACGACUCGGCGUCGGAGCGGCGGCUGGAGGGCGAGUCGCUGAACCAGCGCAUGCUGGACGGCCGCGGGGACGCCGCCGACCACUCGAGCGAGGCGCGCGUCAACGCGUCCGGCAGCUGCUCGUCGCCGUCGUCGCUCGACGCGCUCCCCGUGUCGCCCCUUCCCUUCGACGCGCUGCAUCGCUCCGUGUCACGCGGGCGGGAGGGGGCGGAGGGGGAUGGUAUGACCGGGGGAUGGUUGGCGGGGGAGAGAGGGGGAGGGGAAGUGGAACGGCUUCCGGGCGCGAAGGCGCUGUUUGGGCAGCGGGGGUGGGCGAGGCGGUGGCGGUCCGCCAAGGACCUGAGGGGCGCGGAUGCGGACGACAGGGCAGGCGACGCGGGCUUGGGUGUCAGCCGCAGUGUGAGCCUCACCCUUGAGAAUGGCGCGUCUCCUGCUGCCACGCCGCUGAAAGCACGCCAGCUGUUCCCAUGGGCGAAAAAAAGCGCCUCGUCCAGCGCGCUAGUGCUGGGUCGUGGGGACGGCAGUAGCAGCCGCGGCAGCAGCAGCGGCAGCAGCAGCAGCAGGCGGCGGGUUGGGUUGAAGAAGGUGAAGGCGCGGGCGGCCUUGCAGGAGUACAUGAACGCGCCCAUGCCGCCCAGGCCCUCGCAGCGACGCGACAGCGAACCACCCGACGCGGAUCGCAUGGGCACGCGGCGGUGGUGGCAGCAACAGCCGUGCGUGGUGCUGUUCUGGUGGGCGGUGGCGGCGGCGCGGCACGUGCGCAUCCCCAUCAUCCACCCGUACUCGCGCUUCAGACGAGACGUCAACCUCGUGGUGGGCGCGUGCAUCGCGUACAACAUAUGGGAGGUGCUGUACAUGGUGGCGUUCGACCUGCGCGCCACGGGCGUGUGGCUCAUCCUCGACUCCUGCCUCUCUGUCGUCUACCUCGCCGACGUCCUCCUCGGCUUCAAAACCGGGUACCUGACGAGGGAGAAGCACAUUGUGGCGGAGGGCGGCAUCAAGGUGCUGCUGCCACAGCAGAUCGUCAUGGACCAGCGGCGCAUCAUCUGGCACUACCUGCGGUCGUGGUUCCUGGUGGACUUGCUCUCCUCGCUGCCCAUCGACCUCAUCACCUCCUCCCUCGCCCAGUCCAACGUCGGCUUCUGGCUCUCCGCCGCGCUACGGCUGCUGAAGUUGCUGCGGCUGCGGCGGCUGGGGCAGGCGACGCAGCAGCUGAGGCAGUCAGCGAUAGCGGGGCUCUACAUGGAGAUGAGCAUCCUGGUGCUGCAGAUCUGCAUGGUGUGCCACGUGGGCGCGUGUGCGUUCGCCCUGAUAGGUCGCCUGGAGUCGCCCCCUGAGUCGUGGCUGGCGGCGUUCUAUUGGAGCAACGGGGGCAGCCAGGAGACGCUGGAGAGUGCGCCGCACGGCGUCGUGUACGCCGCCGCCUACUACUGGGCCAUGGUCACCUUCGCCUCCGUGGGGUACGGCGACAUCCACCCGGUGGACACCCUGGCGGAGCGCGUGUUUGCGACGGUGUACAUCCUGGUGACGUCCAUCCUGCUGGGCUACGCCAUCGGCCAGAUCUCCUCGCUCAUCUACGCCAGCCGCGCGCACCGGGAGUCCGUGCGCCAGCGUUGCAACACUCUGCACAAGUUCAUCGAGAAGGAGGAGAUUCCCGAUUGGCUCGCCAACCGAUUGAUGGUGAGCCUGACGGGCAAGUGGCAGUCGGAGCUGUCUCAGCGCUUCCACGAGGGUGAUCUCGUCGACGCGCUCACUGACGAUCUGCGCGCCGAUCUCUUUGUGCACUGGUGGCAGCGCCAUGUGCUGCCCAGCCCCAUAUUCCCGCACAGCCCCUCGUUCCUGGCGCAUGUGUUCCCGUGCCUGAUCGUGCGCCGCGUGGCCCCCGCGGACGUGAUAGCGAGCGAGGGCGAGUUCAGCCGCCACGUGUAUGUGGUGCGCUCGGGCACCGUGGACGUCACGCGCAUCGUGGAUGGGCAGCCUGGCGCGCCGGGGGGCAUCGACGCCGAUGGAACUGGUGCCCUUGCUGAGCUGGCGGGCCAUGAGGCUGAUGUGGAAGGGCGUGCGAUGGAGAUGGGUGCAGAGGAGGUGCAGCUACCAGCAUCGGUGGUGAGAGCGCUGCAGCAGCACGGGGGGACGCUGGGGCGGAGCAGCAUGUCCAUUCCGGCAGCAGGAGUGCGAGGGGCGCUGGGCGGGGCAGUGGGAGGAGUGGGGGCAGCAGGGGGCCCGGGGGUGGGGUUCCUGCAGAAGCGCGCCAUGCGGCGGUCGCUGGCGGUGCAGGACACGCUGCCGGUGGGGGUGGAGUACGACAAGGAGAGCGUGGGCGAGGGGUAUGUGGCGGGGGGGGAGGGGCUCAAGGGGGCGCUGGAGAUGCGCCGGGGGGAGGAGACGUGGAGCGGGCAGCGCGUGUCUGUGAUCUGCAUGGAGGCGUCCUUCCAGGCAAAGACGGAGUGCGAGGUGUACCUGCUGCUGGUGGACGACCUGUUUGACGCCCUCGAGAGCUUCCCCGAGCUGCUCACCGCCAUGCGCACGGAGCUGAGCCUGCCCCUGGCCCCCCACGAGCGCCUGUCGCGCCCGCGCAGCCUGCACAGCACGCGCAGCUUCCAGAGCCUGCGCAGCAAGAGCCGCGGCCGCCCCACGCCCUUCACGGCAGAUGCCACCGCCAGCAAGACCCUCUCGUUUGGCAAAGGACGGGUCAUGAGGAUUGGAAGCCCAAGAGGUUGAUGGAGGGUACACGCGCAACAGUGCGUGGAUUUUCAUUACCAGGGGUGAGGCUUCGUCAUGUCAAGCAGCAGCGUUCAAUUGCUUGUCUAUAUCGCUUGUGCCUUGGAUCUUUUGUAUGCUCGUUGUUCUGCACA